GGUAUUUAAAUACUCAGAGCACUACAUUCAUGAGGAAUUCUACGAUCAGAGGCUCCGUGUGCAUCCUGCCAGACGCGCGUAGCGAUGCAGGUGUCUACCGCGCUCGUGUACUCCGGCUCCCUGCUCCUCGUGCUGCAGGGCUGCUUCUCCGCCGCUCGAGGAUGGAGGGUUUUCAAAAACGACGCCACGGAAAACAUACCUGAUUACACCGAGGAGACACGGUCCCCCGAGGAACCGCUACAACGGGCUAAUAAUACACUGAACCGCGCGAAACAAGGAGUGAGGUCACCGGGGGGACGGAGAUUUUCCGGUAACAGUGAAUCUUAUGGGUCGUCAGAGCUGAGCUGCAGGGAGGUGCGUUUGACCCACUACGUGACUGACGGGUCGUGCCGGAGUGCCAAGCCGGUGCAGGAGCUGGUCUGCGCGGGCCAGUGCGUUCCCGCCCACCUGCUUCCCAACUCCAUCCUGCGCGGGAAGUGGUGGCGUGGCGGGGGGCCGGAGUUCCGCUGCGUUCCGGCACAUUCCCGAGUCCGCCGCGUCCAGCUGCACUGUGCUGCCGGCGGCCGCAGGAACCACAAGAUCCGCAUCGCCACGUCCUGCAAGUGCAAGCGCUACACCCGCCAGCACAACCAAUCAGAGGCCAGGACCCCGCCCAGGCCCCACGGCAACAAGAGACGCUCCCGCGGGCACCAGGACCAGAGCCGGAACAACAGCCCAGAGACGGGCAACUGAGCCCGCCCAGGCCCCCUCUCACACACACACUCUCACGCACACCUACCGGCCACACACACCUGCGCCCCCCCAACACACACAACGCCUCUCCUCCGCCCGUGGAGCAGAGUAGACACGCGUGUGUGGGGCCGAGCCCCACAACCUCUCCCAGCGUCAUUGGUGGAUGUUUCCCGUGAGUCUUGGUGUACAGCAGAGAGGGACAGUUACACUGUCAAGGCCAGGGGCCCCUCCGGCAGGACAUCCUAUCGGAGAGGGAAUACCCAGCAGACUUAUCCGCUGCGCUGUUGGAAUUUACUGUUCACACAGUGAGAAUCUCCUCCUUAUUUCAAAAUAUCACAUCAGCUACAGCCCGUGCCUGUGGCAGCCAGCACCCAGAGGCUGCUUUCGCCCCAUCGAUACGGCAUCCGCUGCUCUUCAAGACGAAAGGCCCCCCAGAACCUGCUCCUUUCUUGGCUGGUUGGGCCCCAGGGUUCCCGGACCAAAUUACAGCUUCUGUCCACAGCUGCACAACCUCCAGAGCACGACCCCCCCAGUGUAAACAUGGACGCCCCUGAGCAGCCUAUUGCAUGGAGCUCCAGGGCUGAUUCUCCCAGGGUUCUGUGUGACUGAGCUGGACCGAACGAGCGCAGGCCUGCCAGGGGUGAUGAGCAGCACCCAGACCAGAACUGUCACUCGCUUUAAUGACUAAAUUACCCCAUUCUAGCACUUAGGAUGUGAGUCACCAAAUGGCAUUCCUUCUGGACAUUUCCUGUUUGCUACAAGAGAGAGAAAAUGGAGGCUCCAGUGAUCAGGGGAACAUGGGAACAGCAGGCCUGGGCUGUUCUCUUACCCAACCCGGGCGGCUGAAAUGUAGAAGCUUCCAAGACUGGUCAUGGUCCGAACAAGCUGGACCCCAAAUGCAGUCAAAUCUGGACCAACAAGCAGAAGAAACUAAAAGGCUCAACAGUUUUAAUGAGAUUCACGCUGCAUCACGAUGAGGAGAGACUCCUGUCCCCGGAGGUUUAACCAGUCUGUGAUGGUCCAGUUUCGGCCUGGGCCUGUUCCUCUGAAAUGAAGAAGCCCACUAUAUUUCCCCUACGUGCUCCAGGUCCAUAUGUUUUUCAUUGUUGCUGAUUCUGUUUUUGUAAACAGUGCCGCCAGUAUUUGCUUCUCUUUUUUCGCCGUGUUAGCAGAACCUCUGUACAUACCACACCUGUGUGGUCCGCUGGACUGAGCCCUCACCUGUCACUCAAAACACCCAGAGCGGCCAUUACAGACCAUUAAUAUUUAUUGUUUCCUUCUUCUGAAUUAUUUAUACAGCAUUUUGUAGUUACGAUAGCUGCUAUUGUCAUGUAGAGGAAAAGAAUGUCUGAAUAAAGUAAAGGAAAACCUA